GCAACCAUGGCUGCAUACAGCUCCUCCUCGUCCUACCGUCGUGCUUUUGGCCAUGGUGCUUAUGCAUCUCCAUCCCUCAACCGCUCCCUGCUGGGUCAUGGAGGGGCUGGAGGGGGAGCAAGUGUUCAAUCCAGGGUCUACGAGGUGACCAGGACCAGCUCCACACCGGCUUAUCGGCUCUCCUCCAGUUACCACACCCGACCACUCGCCCAGUCAAGGGUGUCUGUCGGACGCUCUUACGCAGGGAUGGGUGAGACUCUGGACUUCAACCUGGCCGACGCUCUCAACCAAGAGUUUCUAGCCACACGCACCAAUGAGAAAGCAGAACUCCAGCACCUGAAUGACCGCUUUGCAAGCUACAUAGAGAAAGUUCGAUUCCUUGAGCAGCAGAACCAGGCGCUGACGGUGGAGGUGGAGCGACUGCGAGGCCGCGAGCCCACCCGCAUCGCUGACAUCUACGAGGAGGAGAUGAGCGAGCUUCGGCGGCAGAUUGAGAUGCUGACCAACCAGAGGUCAAGAUUUGAGGUUGAGCGGGACAACCUGGCGGACGACCUGGACAAGAUGAAGCUCAGACUGCAGGAGGAGAUGCUCCAGAGAGAAGAGGCAGAGAGCAACUUGGCAGCGUUUAGAGCCGAUGUGGAUGCUGCCACGCUGGCCCGUCUGGAUCUGGAAAGAAGAAUCGAGACUCUGCAGGAAGAGAUUGCCUUCCUGAAGAAGAUCCACGAGGAGGAGAUUCGGGAGCUGCAGGCCCAGAUGCAAGAGACCCAGGUUCAGAUCCAGAUGGACCUUUCCAAACCUGACCUGACGGCAGCACUGCGAGACAUCCGGGCUCAGUACGAAGGAAUUGCAGCCAAGAACAUUGCUGAUGCUGAGGACUGGUACAAGUCCAAGGUCUCCGACCUGAACCAGGUGGUGAGUCAGAACAAUGAGGCUCUGAAGCAGGCCCGCCAGGACACUAUGGAGUUCAGGCACCAGAUUCAGAGCUACACCUGCGAGAUUGACGCUCUGAAAGGAACGAACGAGUCACUGCUGCGCCAGAUGCGCGACAUGGAGGACCGCCAUGGCCGGGAGGCCGGCUCCUUCCAGGACACCAUUGCUCGUCUCGAGGCGGAGAUCGCCAACAUGAAAGAUGAGAUGGCACGACACCUGCGGGAGUACCAGGACCUGCUCAACGUCAAGAUGGCACUGGACGUGGAGAUCGCCACCUACAGGAAGCUGCUGGAAGGGGAGGAGAGCAGGAUCUCACUGCCGGCACACAGCUACUCCACCCUGAGCUAUAGAGAGACAAGUCCCGACCACCAUCGAUCUGCUGAAACACUUUCUAAGAAAACUGUCCUGAUCAAAACCAUCGAGACUCGAGAUGGAGAGGUGGUCAGUGAGUCGACACAGCAUCAGCACGACAUCAUGUGAAACUGCAGAAGAAAGACCACCUAAUGGAUGAAGAUGGGGAAUUGAUAUGAGACUAAACACAGCAGUAACAAUGAAUUAUUAACGCUCAUAAACUCUUGCAGUGAAUAUCAAACUUGACUAAAAUGAAAUACAGGAAUUGUUGCAAAAAAAGCAAUGCAUAUUACAUACAAAAGUGAGACAGAUUUGAAUCACUGUCACUAACUACAAUGAACAGAACACAAACGCACAGAAGUAAAAGUGAUUUCGAUCAGGCGAUCACCAGGGGUCCAUUGCAUUAAUGUUCUCCCCUAAACUGGGUAUGUCUUUGUGGGAACAGUACAAACCUUUAUGGGACUUUAAUGACUUUCAAAAAAGAAAGUUACAAAGUUAAAAAAGUUAAAACCUGCAAAUUACAAAGUUAAAAAUAAUCUUCAUAUUUUUCACCGCCAUUUGAUGAAUGGAAGAAGAAGACUCAAUUUUUCUAAAACAAGAAAAAAAUAAUAAAAAGGGCAAAAAAAACAAAAACUAAACUAACUAAAAUAUUCAAAAUAAGAAAAAAAAACUAAAACAAACAAAAACUUAUCAGCUAAUCUCAAUUAAA